CAAGGCCAGAAGGGACCAUUGUGAUCAUCUAGUCUGAUCUCCCCUAUGAUACAGAAAUUCCCUCAAAUUAAUUCCUGUUUGAGCUAGAACGUGACUUGGUAGCAUUUUGCGCCCACUUUCCACAGGAAGUAGCAAUGGCAGAUGGUGGGACAGAUCCUGCUGUGUUCACUUCCAGCACUCUGCCCUCAGAUCCCCGCCUCCUUGCGACAGUGACCAAUGCCUACCUGGGCACCCGAGUUUAUAGGGACAUCCUCCAUGUAAACGGGGUGUAUAAUGGGGCAGUGGGGGACACUCACCGUGCCGAUGUCCCCAGCCCUGUCAACGUCAGAAUCAAUGGGCCUGGUGAGAAUGGACUGACAGAGACCUUCACCUUGAACACCAGGACAGGAACUUUCAGCCACUUGUUUCAGUUGCCAGGUUACACCACUACGCACAGGAUCUAUGCCCACCACUCCCUCGUACACCUGCUGGCCUUCAGCAUCACCAUCAAGCGAUCGACUACCAAAGGCCCACCAGUGACUGUGCAGCUCCAGAUGCAGUUCAAGCCACAGAGCCGAGACCUGGACUUGCACAAGGGGCAGGACUUCCAGGGAGCUCAAUAUAUCUAUGGGAAAACUUUGAUCCCCGAGGUGAAGGGGGCUCCCCAGCCCACGGUGCACAUGAUCUGGACUCCAGUGCCGCAGGCUGUGACCCUGCCAGGGGAGGAGCAAGAGAGAACCUGGGAGUUCCUGACCGCCGUGGCAGAGAGUGAAGAGGAAGUGAAGAAGUGCUUUAGCGAAGGAACGUCCCUAAUUGCUGCUGGCUCCUUAUAUUCCUCUCACACCCAGGCCUGGACAGCACUCUGGAAAGGAUGCCGGGUCGAUGUAGAUGGGCCUCUCCCUUUGAGGCAGGCCCUGUAUGGAUGUCUCUAUUACUUGCUGAGUGCAAUUCCUCCCUUGGAUUCUCCUGACUUCCUGUUCCAUGGAAUCAGCCCUGGUGGGUUAUCCAAUGGCACGCAGGGAGAAGACUACUGGGGACACGUCUUCUGGGACCAGGACACAUGGGUAUACCCAAACAUCCUGUUAUUUUACCCUGAAGCAGCCCGAGCCAUCCUGAAAUACCGUAUUCGAGCACUAGGCGGAGCCCUAAAGAAUGCCCAGGAGCAGGGAUACAAGGGUGCUAAGUUCCCUUGGGAGAGCGCAGUCACGGGCCAGGAAGUCUGCCCUGAAGAGAUUUAUGGAACUCAAGAAGUUCACAUCAAUGGGGAUGUUUUGCUGGCAUUUGAGCAGUAUUAUCACGCCACACAGGACCAGAAGCUGUUCAGGGAGGAAGGAGCCUGGGACGUGGUCAGUAUGGUGGCUCAGUACUGGUGCAGCAGGGUGGUGUGGAGUCAGGAGGAGCAGUGCUACCAUAUCAAAGGUGUCAUGCCCCCAGAUGAGUAUCACUACAGUGUCGAUAACUCUGUUUACACCAACGCCGUGGCCCAGAGGAGCUUGAACUUUGCAGCCGAAGUGGCCUGUGAUUUCCAGAUCCCUGUCCCUGAGGAGUGGCAGGAGGUUGCCAAGAAAGUCAAAGUGCCAUUUGAUGCAGCCAGGAACUACCAUCCAGAGUACGAUGGGUACAGCCCAGGUAAGCAGGUGAAACAAGCUGAUGUCAUCUUGCUUGGAUACCCAAUGAUGUAUCCCAUGAGCCCUGAAGUCCGAAGGAAUGACCUGGAGAUGUAUGAACCUGUCACUGUGCUGGAUGGGCCAGCCAUGACCUGGAGCAUGUUUGCGGUUGGCUGGAUGGAGCUGAAGGAGAUCCAGAGGGCGCAGAGUCAACUGAGCAAGUGUUUCAACAACAUCACCGAGCCAUUCAAGAUCUGGGUGGAGAACUCCGAUGGGUCAGGAGCUGUGAAUUUCCUGACGGGAAUGGGGGGAUUCCUGCAGGCCAUCCUUUUCGGAUACACGGGAUUCAGGAUCACCAAGAGCAGCCUGAACUUCGACCCUAUAUGCCCGGACAACAUCAGCAAACUCAAGGUCACUGGAGUCUCUUACCUUGGAAGCAAGCUGAACUUCACGUUCACCAAAGAGAAUGUUAGGAUAAAGGUGACAAAGUCCUCGCGUGACCCACAGCUGUCCCCCCUGGAAGCUGUGCUGGUAGCAUCAGGGCAGCACAUUCCCUUGCCCGAAGGGCAGAGCGUUUCCUUCGCCACAGCUGCUGGCCGGAUCCAGAGAGCAUCUGAGGAGCCAUUUUAAGUUGUAUUUGUCAGAGCAGGCAUUAAAACUACCAAAGCUACGCAAACAUAGCAGGGAGCAAGCGUCCUGGAGCAGCGUGGCCUGGGAGCCCCUGCUGCGUUGUGGAGCAGACUGAGGUUUGGCUGCACAGACUCUGCGCAUAACUGACGUGCUCCGGGGGGGGAAGCUGUUUGACUUCCUUGCUUCCUUUGUGGCCAGUGAGCGGAUGCUUGGAAAUUCUAGAUGGAGUGGGGAGGAGGGGAAUGCACCAUCCUCCUGCUCUUAUUGCCUUUGGGAAAUGGUUUUAUUGACAGCUGAAUUUGGUUCACCUCCCAAUUACCUGCCCUUAUUACCUCCCUGCAGAUUUGCUGACCAAUAUUUACCUCUUCUCUGCUGGGCUCAGCUUCUGCCACAUCCCUUUGAGAACCUAUUUAUGGCACUUCCUUAAGCUUGCGCCUAGUACGUUUGGCAGCAUGGGAGCUGGGUUUUGCCCUCCAUGCCUGGUACAAUAUGUCACGCACACAUGAUGGAGUGACAGCAGCUGCUCCAUAGUUAACAUGGCAUGUCAUUUUCCUUCAUAUGGUGAGAGUUUCAAAGGCACAAGGAGCAGCUAGGCCACCUCCAACUCCCAGUUGUGCCUUUGAAAAUCUCUCUCUGAUUUUGGCCACCCACCUAAAACCCACCAGAAGAGGGAAUAUUGAUUCAGAUGGGUAGGUUAGCUCUGGAGCUGAGGAGGAAUGUUUACCCAACCUGAACAGAAUUGCACAAGUGAGUCCUGCAUUACAACCUCCUAAAAAUAGGUGUCUGCUGGAAUUCAUCUGGCUUUAUUUACUGCUUUGUAGCACAAAACCAAACAGAAAGAGAGAGGGAGAGAGAAUGCAUAGUCUGCUGGCUUCUCCUGGCUGAAAUCUCAUGCCCAGCCCCACUCUUUCACUGCUUAGUGUCCAACUCUAAAAGUUACUGUCAUUCUGAGUAGGCUCCUGAGAAUGGCACAUUGGCUCUGGCAACCUCAUUUGGGCUCAACAGGGGUUCCAGACCCACUGGGCCUGACUCUAUUCUCCAUUCCACCAUCAUAAAGUGGGAUUAUCUCCACUGAAAGCCAGCGGGUCGCAUGGGCGCAAUGGACAGGGAAAUCAAACCCAUUACUUGGUAAUCACCGGCCAGGUGCUUGGAAGGUACAAUGCACAAAAUGGAGACAGUCCCUGCCCCAGGGUGGUUACACUUUAAAAAAGAUACACGCUGGGGAGCCCAAAGGAUUUAUUUUAUUGGCUAAUGUUGUUGUUGCUCCCUUGAGGGCACUGCGGAAGACUGUGUGUGUAGGAGGGUGGGUCUUUUGGAGAGGUGCGGCAAGUGGCCCGCAGGGCAGCUGGUGGAGAGGCACGGACAGGGUAGAGCUGCACAGAGAAACAUGGCAAUCGGCCAUUGGGGCGACGAGCGAGUGCCCGAGCAGUGGCGAAUGUAAGAUGCCUCCUUACCGUCCACCCCCUUCCACACAGGGUGGGAGGUGAACUCUGUGGAUGAGAUCAGCUCCUGGAGUCUUUUUCCACAGCUCACCACUAGAUGUCAGGGGAGAGCUCAUUCAACUCUGCUUACAUAUACACGGAAAAUGUUGCAGUGAAAACACUCACUACAGUGAUGGGAGGGUCUCCCAUUGCUGUAGUUAAUCCACCUCCCCGAGAGGCAGUAGCUAGGUAGGGUGACCAGACAGCAAAUGUGAAAAAUCAGGACAGGAGGUCGGAGGUAAUGGGAACAUAUAUAAUAAAAAGACCCAAAAAUCGUCACUGUCCCUACAAAAUCGGGAUUUCUGGUAACCCUAUAUCUAUGUCAAUGGAAGAAUUCUUUCAUCAACCUAGUGCUGUCUACGCCCGAGGUUAGGUCCACAUAGCUAUGUCCCUCAGGGGAUUGGAUUUUUCACACACCCUCUGAGAGAAGUGACUAUGCCGAGAUAAAUUUUCAGUGUAGGCCAGCCCUGAGAGUAAUCGUACAGGACCGCAGGGGCUCCUUCCUAUCUACUCUCUAGAAUGCUAGUGUGAGGGCUGCUGUGUGACUCACCCAGCCCUGAUCCAGCCACUCUUUCCUGGACUGCAGAUACCUUCCCUUUUCUGCACAGGUGGGGUGAAAUCCAUAUGUAGAUGUUCCCCUCCAUGCAUGGAACAAGGGGGUACAAUCUGACCCAGAGGGUAAUAACAAAACUGGCCCUAUUUGAAUUUGCCCUGAGUGACAAUAGCAACUAUCAGCAGUUCCAGGCUUUCCUUUUCUCUCUCUCUCUCUCUCUCUCUAAAUGCAAGGAGAGCUUCUCUCUAUUUCUUCAGAAUCUCGAGACAACCUCAGAUAUGUUCCUAAGGGAAAGGAAGGAAAAUGGUUCAAUCUGGUUUUUCUUUUCUGGGUUGGUCUCUCCCGCCCCCUCAAAUCAAAACAAAACAUUACACUGUUGCCUGGAUUCCAUUUAAAUUGUGCUUUAGCUCUAUCUCGUUUAUUAAACCAACAAGAAAACUAACACUGGUGCCAGGAAACUUCCAGCUGCUGGAAGAGAUCAGGUUCAGUCAGUGUUGCCAACUCAUAGUUGUAUUCUGAGUCUCGCAGUAACUGAUGGUUUUCUUAAAGUCCCAGCUCCUGGAGUCAGGUGACUAUGUGAGACUUACAGCUUUCGUUAAAAACAAAAAUAUAUGUUCCUCACCCACAUAUCCACGGACCAAAGCUUGGAAACAUGAACCCUAAAGCUCAAAAGCCAGAAGGCAAA